AUGAAAUUCCUAACAUCGCUUGCACUUUUUGCCGCUAUCUUUACUGCAUCUACUCAUACUGUCGAUGCUCACUCAUCAUUACUAUUCCCGCUUCCACGAGCACACCCAAAAAACCCAAACGCAGCAACAAAAGACUUUGCAUGCUUAACAACCCCACUAAACGGCGGCCCAGGCUGUGCACCAAAACCGUUUCCAUGCGGUGGCUAUGCACAAGAUACCAAAAUCACUCAAGUUCUAAAAGCCGGUCAAGUAAUCAACGUUAAAUUCUGGAACCCGAAUUUCCCAGACGGCCCGAAACCAGGUGACGAAUCACGUGAUCAAGCGCGUCACAAUGGUGGUCUGUGUGAAUUUGCGUUAUCAUAUGACGGUGGAAAAACGUACACGGUUAUUGCUACUUAUCAUCAAACUUGCCCAGAUAUAUUUUUCGAUUGGAAAGUAAAGAUCCCAGAGAAUGCGCCAUCGUGUGACAAGCCUGGCAAAUGUAUUUUUUCGUGGUCGUGGAUAAAUGCCGUGGGAAAUCGCGAGUUUUACCAGAAUUGUGCUGAUGUGAAAAUCGUUGGACACUCUACUAAACCGUUAAAGAUUAUCGAUAUUACUCGUGCUAAUUUGCCGCCUCAAUUCCCGAAAAUUUUGACUCCUACUGGUGAUCCUAAUAACAAUGGUAAUCUGAAAGGAUCUGGUCCGUUGGCAUCUGAUGUUUCUGCUAAUCUGAAAAAUAAAAUCGGUGGAGGCAAAGGAACUACGGCUUCAACUACGGCUUCAACUUCGGCUCCAACUUCGACUCCAAAACCAACUGCCAAGAAAUCGAAAGGUAGUGGUAAGAAAGGUGGCAAGAAAGGUGGUAAAAAAGGUGGCAAGAAAGGUGGCAAGAAAGGCAGUGGCAGUUCAUCGUCAUGUACCGAUGGACAAAUGACAUGCGUAAAAUCCGGUUCAAGCGCUACCUUCAACACAUGUGUUAAUGGGUCUAUCGUGGCUAGACAAUGCCCAAGUGGUACCGUGUGUACGACAGUCAGCAGUUCGAUUCAAUGUGCACGAUCUAGUCGUAAACUCUAA